GCGAGUCAAGUGAGUUGCGGAACGUAUUCACGACCUCUGCACCGCGUCUCACUUCAAACCGUGUGCAUCACACCUCGAUCCUUUCCAACGCGAGUUUAUCGGAACAUUUUUUUUCACCCCUUUCUUCCCGACAGUAUCGAUCGACUCGGUACACCCCCGUUCGCGUUUGUCGCUCGGUCGAAUCGCAAAAGAAGUAACGUGUUUCCGCUCUGCCGUGCUCAACGUUCGGCAUUUAUCCGGUCGAGCUGCCGCGAUCCGCGAUCCGGCUCGGCGCAUUCGUCGAUUAAUUUGCAAAAGCGACUACGAUUACCGUUGUACCGAGCUCAAACCGUAGUCUUCGAGUCGUACCGAGAUGUUGUUGCGCAACCAGACUUUCGUCAACGCUCCAUUGGCUUACAUGGGCGACGAAUCCGGGCAUGUUUCGACGAUGCGUGAAAAAUAUCUGGGAUGGAACGUGCCUCCGGAGCACGCGGACCUCAUACACCCACACUGGAGGGGGUUCCCCGCGCCGGGGAAAUAUUGGCACCUUGGAAUGGCGCUUAUCUACACUUUGCUGCUGAUGAUGUCUUUCGUGGGAAAUGGUUGCGUCAUAUGGAUAUUUAGCACAUCGAAAUCGCUGAGAACGCCGUCCAACAUGUUCAUAGUGAAUCUGGCAGUUUUCGACUUGCUAAUGGGCUUCGAGAUGCCCAUGUUAAUAGUAAACUGCUUCAUGGAACGCAUGAUGGCUUGGGAAGUGGGUUGCAACGUCUAUGCUGUCCUAGGGUCGAUUUCUGGAUUCGGGCAGGCUAUCAGCAACGCAGUGAUCGCUUUCGAUCGAUACAGGACCAUUUCCUGCCCGAUCGACGGACGGCUGAACUCGAAGCAGGCCGCGGUGAUCAUCGCGUUAACGUGGUUCUGGGUGACACCGUUCACCCUUUUACCGCUAUUGCAGAUCUGGAGUCGAUUCACCACCGAGGGUUUCCUGACCACCUGCUCGUUCGACUAUAUCACGGAGGAUGACGACACCAGAGCCUUCGUCAUGGCUAUCUUCAUCUGGGCAUACGUGAUACCUUUAUGUCUCAUCUGUUAUUUCUACUCUCAACUGCUCAAGUCUAUAUGUAACCACGAGAAGAUGCUGCGCGAACAGGCUAAGAAGAUGAACGUGAAGUCGCUGGUGACAAAUCAGGAGAAAGAGAGAAGCGUCGAGCUACGAAUCGCCAAGGUGGCGUUCACGAUAUUCUUCCUGUUCCUGCUCGCUUGGACACCGUACGCGGUCGUCGCUCUGACAGCAGUUUUCGGCAAUCGGGAAUUGCUGACGCCGGCCGCCGCGAUGGUACCCGCCGUGUUCGCGAAAACGGUCUCAUGCAUCGACCCGUGGAUUUACGCGAUCAAUCAUCCAAGGUACCGACUGGAGCUGCAGAAGCGCUGCAAGUGGAUGGGCAUCCACGAGCCGGAACCCCAGCAUCACGAGACUGCUUCUGCCCAAACCGAAAAGAUCAAGUCGGACGACGCGUAAGUCGCGCCGAUCCUCGAAUCUCCAUUCGACAACGGGUAAGAUUAAUUGCGACGCGUUCGACCGAGACCCACCAUAAAAACUCACCACUGGUGCGAUCUCGAUCGUCAACCUUUCGUUUCUAUUCCUUGUCGAGGUUUUGCGACUGACUACAGGAAGUCAGGCCUACGGCGAACACCCGCUGCGACGUGUUCGCAGAUACUAUCGAUUGUACUCUUAUUAAAGUAUCGUUAAAGCAAAUCAACCGGCAAACUUUCGUUUUGUGUUUCACCUCCGUAGAGCUCCAACUUACCACGAUUAUCGGUAUUUAUUAUUAUUACGAACGACGUAGUUCCUAUCAGCCUGUAAUACAACUUACAAUUUUUAGAUGUACUGUUGGAUUAAUAAAAUGCAGAAAAAUAAAGGAGGUAGCUACGAA